AUGAGAUCUUCUCCGUCUCGAAGAGGGUAUAUUUAUGGAAUCCCAGCUUUGCUUCUGGGGUUCGUCGUUUUGUGGAACGAAAGCUGGUCGUAUUGGUGGCUAUCAACCCAAUGGGUUGAGCACGAAGAGAAAGGAAGAUGCGACCGGAUUCUCAUUGUAGCAGAUCCUCAGUUAAUAGGCUAUAAGAAUGAAAAAUUCGGAUCGAUUGCUAGAUGGGACAGUGAUAGAUAUCUUUCAACGGGGUAUAGUUAUGCAAAAUGGAGGUUUCGACCAAAUGCAGUAAUUUUCCUUGGCGAUUUAUUCGACGAAGGCUUUGACUCAAGUGACGAUGAUUGGCAUGAAACGUAUGAAAGAUUUAUUGGAAUCUACACUAUAGAUAAUGGCGAUAAUACGAUCUACAUAGCUGGUGAUAACGAUAUUGGUGGUGAAUCGGAGAUAAUUUCGGAAUCAAGAAGAAAUCAAUUCUAUAACUACUUCCGGAAUAACGUCACCGAUUUGAAGAACCGAUACUCUUUCAGCGAAACAUAUUUGUUUGAAAAUCGGAACCUGAAAGAAAUCACAAAAGCUCAAGUUCCAAUUGCAAAAGUGAUGCUUACUCAUGUGCCUUAUUUCAUCGAAGGCUAUAAGCAUACUGAUGUGGGUAUGGGCAUGGACUUGAUACUGUCUGCUCACGACCACACUACAGGAAUAUACGAAUAUCAACGAAAUCCCCCACAAGCAGUUCUAUUUUCUCGAAUAUACGAUGGUUCACCGACAUACAUCAGCAAAAUCGGACAGACCGAACCGAUCGUCGAGCUACAAACGCCUACGUGCUCGUACCGGUAA